AUGACGUUGGGCGCGAGAUCUGUGCUGGCCUCCCUGCUGGCGGUUGCGUUCUGCGCUUCUCCCUCGGCCGCCGCUAAUGUCAGCUUUGCGACUGUCUUCGGUGAUUACAUGGUGUUACAGCGCCACCCAGUCAAGGCCGCCCUGUUUGGCACCGCCUCGGGCGUCGCGCAGGUGUCGCUCCAAGUGACCCAGCCAGGAAGCAGCUAUGUCUUGAGGGCCGACGUCAAGGAUGGCACGUGGCGGGCGCUGCUGCCCCCGACCUUCGCGGGAGGCGACUGGACGAUCACAGCCACCGCCGGCGACGCCAGCGCCGCGCUGCAGCACGUCACCUUCGGGGACGUCUGGUACUGCUCCGGCCAGAGCAACAUGGCCCUGCCUUUGAAGUACACCCUGUCGCGCAACCAAAGCGUUGACAUGGUCAAGGCCAAGAAGUUCGACAUCCGCAUCCAGGGUAUGAGCGGUAACAUGAACCCCUUCCAGCCAUGGAUGCAAGCCUCGGAUGCCACCAUGAAGCCGGCAGCCUGCGACCAGGGCGACUGCCUCUUCUUCCGUUUCUCCUCUACCUGCUGGUACUUUGCGGAGAGCUUGGUGGAGAAGCUUGGCAAGGCUGCGCCCCCCAUCGGCCUGAUCCACACCGCCGUGGGCGGCAGCAUGAUCGAGGCCUGGCUGGACAACAAGACCAUGAGCACUUGCAAGAAUGUGAGCUUGGGCCCUGGAAACCAGCAGUUCCACGACCAGCGCGUCAUGCCUUACGUGGGCAUGUCGCUGAAGGGCUGGAUCUGGUACCAGGGCGAGAACGACAUGCACGGCACCCAUGGCAACUCGCAGCUCGGCUACGGCUACGGCUGCAUGAUGCUGGGCCUGGUCCGCUCCUGGCGGGCCCUCUGGAGUACCACCCCAGGAACCACGGACCCCGACGCGCCGUUCGGCUUCGUCACCUUGGCCCCCAGUGGCGCCGAGGGCGGCAACAGCAUUGGCGCCAUGCGCUGGGCGCAGACCGCGAACUAUGGCGUGGCUCCCAAUCCGGCGAUGCCGAAUACCUUCAUGGCGCAGGCGUUCGACUUGGACGACCCCUUCGGCAACAUCACCUGCUACCGCGCAGGCUGUUGCAACAAGGAUCCCAAGCCGGCUUGCUGGAGCUGUCUGGGACCAAACGGGUACUGCUCCAACUUGACUGGGGCGAACUUCUAUUUGGGGCCCAUCCACCCCCGAGACAAGAAGCCGGUGGGCGAGCGCCUUGCUCGAGCAGGGGCUGUCGUGGCCUACGGCCAGCAGGGCAUCUACACAGGGCCGACGCUCUCGGGCUGCUCCGUGUCGGGAAACAAAGUCACUGUGCACUUCAACAGCUCCCUCCUGGGCCACACUGAGAAGGUGACCGUGCAGGACUAUCACAAGAUCAAGUCCAGUCGCCUGGAAGUGCUCACCAACAGGUCCUUGUUCUGCUUGCAGACGGCCGGGCGCAAGAUGGAACAGUGCAUUGACGAUGGCACGGGGCACGCCACCGGUCAGGGCCCCUACGACGACACCAAGACAACUUGGGUCACGGUCGACGUGACGUCUGCUGGGCCAAACUCCAUCACCGUGGACCUCACGAAGUCAGGAGGCAAGGCCUAUGCCAUCCGCUACGCUUGGCAAGGAAGUUGUUGCGAUCAGCGCGAUCCCACGGGCGAGCCGUGCCCCAUCGCCUCCUGCCCACUCCUGGCAGAGCCUUCGGGGCUUCCGGCGAACCCCUUCCUGGCGCGGGUUGAGGAUGGCCGCUGCAAGUGCGUGGCCCCACAGGUGUGCGACGAAAGCCUGCAACCGAUCGUCGUUUGA